UGGCGUCGUCACUGCGCAUGCUCAGAAUCCGACUUCUGGCGGCUUCUCAACCAGAACGGCCGACCGAACCGAAGUCUAUCCAAAGACGAAGCUCUCCAGAAGGCGUGUUUUCGUAAAAUGGCGGCACACAAGGCUGGGUUUUCGCGGUCCCGCUUUGUCAUAGACGAUGAUCUCGCUUUGUUGCGAGAAGUCAACGCGAAGAAUCCAUUCGAAGACCCAGCGAAGUGGAACGCUAUAUCAGCACACAUUCAGUAUGCAACAGGGAAGAGUUUCUCGUCGCGGGCUGUCCGUGAUCGAUGCGACUUACUGCUUGUCCAAUUCGCCCACGAGGAUCGGACAACCAUAAAGAAGUCUGGCACCGAGGAGCAGCAUAACGAAAAGCAUCACUUGCUUGAGGGGAUCACAGAACUUGCAAGAGAAGCGUCCUACAGAAUCCGGCAGACGGUGGCUAAAAAGGUCACCAGUUCCCACACACCAUUGCGAGUCGAAGCGGCAACCGAGAGGUGCAACCCAUCUGUGGCGAGGGACGGAGCAGCAACCGCAGUCCUGGUGGAACAAAAUGCCUCUGUGACGCCACUGGAGACAGGAAGAACAUGUGCCACAAAUGCGUCGACGUCGCAGGCCGACGUCUCACACGACUCGUCAAAUGUGGAGCAACUCUCGUGCGACCUGGCACCAGGUGACACAGUUAUUAGCCUGCAAAGUGCAGGAAGCAGCCACAGUGUGUGUAGUUCCCCACCUCAGCCGCACAAUACGCAACCUGAACCGUGCCACGCAACAACAGAGGAGUCUUCUCAACAAGGAAGGCAAGGUACAAAAAGGAAGGAGUGUGAUGACAGCAUCGCAUUCUUUGAAAGGCUGCUACAGUAUGAGAAGAGUUGCAAGGAGAAAGAAUUUGAGUUAGAGAAGCGCCGCCUCACCCUGGAGGAGAACCAUCUGGCCCUAGAGUGGGAGAAGCUGGAGCAACGCAAGAGGGAAUGGGAAGCCGAAAGGGAAGAGAAGGCAGAGGAAAGGCGGUUGAAGAUCGAAGAGCUUGCGGAACGCCGGCAGCAGCAUGAAGAAGUGCUGAAGGAACGUGCUGAGGAAAGACAGAUCUUCCUGGAACAGCAGCAUGCCCUUUUAGAAGUCAUAAAGUCACUUAUCCCAAAUGGAAAGUAAAUAAACGUGGGAAGGCAUGGAAGCAGGGACUGAAACCGAAACGAGUAUCAGUUCAGUUACAGGAGUUGCUGUUCUAAUAUUUAGCAGUUCAACUUUUUUGUUUGUUUUGUUUUUUAUUUCUAGGAUGUGUCUGCAGGUUGCGUGGAUGUCUUGAAGUGAGUUACAAAGCACAAGUGGAUAACAGUGAGCAUAGUGAGCUCUGAAAGGGUGGAGCAGUGCCAUCUGCCUAGCCGUAGAAAGAGUGAACUCUUUCUUCGAUGCGCUGUUGCCAUCUCCGACAUUCCCCGUAAAAUAAUUUGUUGCGGUCUCUAAUAUCUCGUGCACGUUCGUUUAGCUGAUGCUGUAAAAAGCUACAAGGCAAGACAAACUGUGUGUGUUCGAAGGUUAAGCAAACAGAUGUGGAAACGGACAACGUGCAACACGUGGUAUCUUAAAUGAUCACAGUUCAUAACUCAUAAGGGACAGAAGCAAUACAUGUCAUACUGUACAAAUGUUAUACGAUUAUGGGUCCAAGCGCAUAAGAUGAAAAACGCAUGAUGAAGUGAUCUACUUUAAAAGAAGCACCACGAACUACACCACUAACCAGAGUUGUAAAGCGAUAAUCGCAUCCAAAGUUGUUCGAAUUCAGUGAUGGAACUGCUGCGCCAUUUGCGCCAAAGUGCGCCAUUUGGGAUUGCCUGCGCCACCCUGCGCCGAAAAAGCAAUUUUCCCUAAUUCUGCGCCACAGCUGCGCCGAACAAAGAUGCCCCGGUUCGGAUGCAUGAAAACGAAACAAAAACCGCGAGUGAUGCUCCUGCGCCCUGUCUAUUCUCGUGAUGCCUCUGGACAGCAAAGCCGAGUCAAGCCGUGUCGUUUCGGCCGAGCCCGCCAAGUCGACGAAGAUUCUUAAACUGCCGGGAUGUCACUGCUGAACCGAAUAUUACGUUGUUGUACUUCAAAGAGAAUGGCUGUACAAAUUUACCGAACAUGUGGGCAUGCCACGUGCCUGCGAUGGAAUAUUGGCUCGUUUGCAUGGGAGUUGUUUUUAAACAACCGCGUUUUAACUAAUUGUGGAUGGGAAUAACUGACGACGCUGAUUCCGGAGUUGCCAGCGCCUGUACUAUGGAUCGCUCCACGCUUUCCGCUACUACGUAACAUCGCGCGUGCUCGCAGAGUGUAGGCGCGUAAGGAGAGCGCGAGAAAUUGAGCUUUCAGGACUUAAACCGUACGUGCCGAUAAUUGUUCCCAGAUGUCCUGAACCCCGAUAUUCGCCAUAAAGUGGAGAGUAUGCAUUGCAAACACGACGUAUUGCGGUGGGACGCAGUGGGAUACAUAUGGCGGAGGUGCGCCAUUCUGUGAAAUUCUGCGCCAAAUGCAGCUUUUUUGUGCGCCAGCGCCAGCGCCCGUGGGCUCUGAGGCAGUUCCAUCACUGUGUUCGUGUUCACGUGUGAACCAGUUCAUAUGAACUGGUAAUCGAAACCACAUUUUUUGGUUCUGGUUACGGUUUUGGUUAAUUACUGAUCGUUAAUUGCGGUUUACGGUACAGUUCUCCAAGAAAUUUGGGUUCGGAGUGGUUUUUGGUUUUCCGGUUUCAGUCCCUGCACUGAAGUGACAUGUACAAAUAGAACCCCUUUUCCGCCACAUUUGCUCAUGUGCCAUGAAAACUGAUCUCAUUAGCACAAACUGAGCCACGUGCAGAAGUCUGUGACACAGUCCAUUUUCUCGCAGCAUGCCUAUGAAACACAUGGCACUUACAAGCACUUGCAUAAUGCAGCAAAAAAAGCUAUAAACAUCUGGUUGACAUUUCAAACUGCAGUUCUUACGAGUAAUCUUUCUGUUGGGAAUCCCCUUCUACUCAUUCGCAAGGCUUGGCUGCAUGGGGGGGGGCCUUGCAUUCAUUAUUUUUUACAGUGACGGUUACUGAAUUUGAAUGUCAGAGAUGCUAGCAAGGAUGGAAUGAAAGAAAAUUUGUACAAACUAAAGUUUCAAAUAAAAAUGUGAUAUACGGUAACAUU